CCUUCAGCCUCCGUGGCAGCGGGCGGCGCGGCUCCCCCUGAAGGGGCAAUGUCUAACGGGGUUUACGCCCUGCCGAGCGCGGCCAACGGAGAAGUGAAGCCCGUAGUGUCCAGCACGCCUCUGGUGGACUUCUUGAUGCAGCUGGAGGAUUACACCCCUACGAUCCCAGAUGCAGUGACUGGUUAUUACCUGAACCGUGCUGGCUUUGAAGCUUCAGACCCACGCAUAAUCCGGCUCAUCUCACUAGCUGCCCAGAAAUUCAUCUCAGAUAUUGCUAAUGAUGCCCUACAGCACUGCAAAAUGAAGGGCACAGCCUCUGGCAGCUCCCGGAGCAAGAGCAAGGACCGCAAGUACACCCUAACUAUGGAGGACUUGACCCCUGCCCUCAGUGAAUAUGGCAUCAAUGUGAAGAAGCCGCACUACUUCACCUGAGCCACCUAACCCAGUUGUAUUUGUCUUUUCCUCUGUCCCCACAACAGCCUGUUUUCAUAAUAAACUUUAUUGUGACA